GAAAGAUAGAUCUGGAUCCAGAUGUUACCAGUGUGGCUCCAAGAGCCAUACCAAAUUUCAUUGCCCCUUGGAUCACCCCAUUUGUUAUUAUUGCAAACAACCAGGGCAUGAGAGUCGGGAUUGUACGUUGAAGGCACAGUUGGAGGCUACUAAGGGUACAUCUCAGGGGGGACAACCCUCACAGACACGACCACAGAAAGGAUCACAGAAGAGUCAGGGUGCUCCACGUCAGCAGCGACCACCGUCUUCUCAGGGACAGAUAUAUCAUGUGCAGGGUCAGGAACCAGCAACUACACAGUAUUCUGCCACAGUGUCUUCUCAUCAGGCAUUUCCAGCACAGCAGGAUUUUCAUCCGCAUCAGCCUUACUCAGCAUAUCGGCAGCAGCCUCAGUCUCAGUAUCAGCAGCCGGUUCUCGCACCUACGAUGCCAGCACAGACCACUUCGGAGAUACCACAGCCGAGCUCAGAGGUGGGUCGUGUUUAUGCUGUUACACGGGAGGAGGCACAGCGAGCUGAGGGAUCGGUUUUCCGAGGACUUUGAUCGGGACGAGUGUCGCGACGAGAUUGGCGUUGGAUUCAGCCUACACUUAGACGCGGGUGGUCGAUAGAUGAUACCAGUACAUCGGAGGAGGUUCCCGACUGCCGGUCCCACGUCGCUUUCGAGGACGGUUUUAUGAUUUUGGUUUUCAUUUUUAUUGUGAGUUAAACCUUUGAAUUUAGCAUUGUAAUAAUUGGA